CCUAUUACAGGAUGUGGUGCAAUGAGGAAACAGCACCAGGGAGCAGCCAACGGAGAGGCGACUAUCUCUCUUAUUUCAGACGCUGAGAACCAAUGCCUGAAAUUGUUCCCCGGAAGGAGGCCCCGGGCACUGGAGUCUUUCGGAAGAGCAAUGGAGACUAUAUCAUCCGCUCGGACCUGGGCUGCUACCUCCGCACUCAGUUUCUGGAGACCGGCCAUAGCACUGAGAUUCGGGACCUGCAUCCAUCGUGCCGGGAUGGAGAGCACUACCUAGGCUCUGAGAGGGACCCCAACAUCUAUAUCAUCAAGAGAGACUCCUACAGGGUGGUACAGGACCUGAGUACAGACCAGGGGGCCAAGGUCUAUGAACUGCACCCCAACUGCCGGGGUGGGGACCAUUACAUGAAGUGUUCCAAUUUCUUCCUCAUUCUCUUCUGCGAGCGGGGAGUGAUGAGAGGUGUAGGCAACCUGAGCACAGACUAUGAGGGCGAAGAUGUCCCCCUCCAUCCCCAGUGCCGCCUGGGCCUCUACUACUUCGGCAUUGCAAACUUCAGGGCCUUCAUCAAGAUGGAUGAGAGAUGGGGCACCCAGUUUUACCUGUACAAGAAUAUGACCACUGCCACUCUGGCCGCAGUGUACUCUAUCCACCCCAGCGUGCUGAACUUCUUAACCGGGGGGCUGGCUCUGACCAAUGGCUCCUCUUCUGGCAGCUGGCAUUGCAUCAAGACCCUCUCCAAUGACUCUGAUGUCCCUGUUUCCUGGACCCACAUGAUCACCCGAAAGGUAGGCUUUGCCAAGGAGAAGGUAUCCAGCAUUGAGCGCAACUGGCAGGUCUGUGCCUCUGUUGCACUUAAGGCCGGGGAGCUCACAGCAGCCAUCGUCAAGGCCCAGCUCGCCCUCUCAGGCCACUAUGGUGGUAGCAAUGUAAAGACAGAGCAGGAAGACUGGACUGAAGCCCGGGAGGAGGAAGAGACCCUUCAGGCCACCCUGCAGCCCAAGCAGAACCUCUAUGUAUGGCAGUACCGCCUCAGCCUGGGUCCGGAGCCAGUCUUGUUCUGCCGGGACAUCAAGUUCACCAGGGACCCCACUCCACCCACCACCAACCCACUGCCUUCUUGCUCUUAAGAGUCUCUUGGAAUGGAUCCACCACAGUUAGCCAUGAUAUUCUUAUGUAACUCCCCAGCUGCUUAGACCGGCUCUCUGUAACUCCAUUUUGGGGGCUAGGCGACAGCUGUGCUGACUACAGCAUAGCUACUUGCAUUGUCUCUUUUUAGGUUAUUUUAAGAUCUCAAGGACUUGGGUUCAAUCCUUAAUGCUGAUAGUUAUCAUAGUACUUAUACUGCAGGUGCAACUUAGCUGCCAGAAACUAAGUGGGAUGGGAACCUGUCACUAUAUCUUUACCACCCCCCACAAUAAAUACACCCCACAACAGAACCAUCAGCAUUCCUGGAUCUUACACCUGCACUUCCAGAAAUAUAAUAUAUUUCAUCCAGUGCACUAAAUGCCCUGAUGGAAAAUAUGUAGGAGAAACCAAACAACAACUGCGUACCAGAAUGAACCGACACCGAAAAUCUAUCAAAGAUCAGAAUACCAAUGACCUGUGGGGGCACAUUUCUCACAAGAUAACCAUUCUCUCUCCAGUCUCUCGGUUCUAAUCCUCAAAGGGAAUUAACAAAACAGCUUUCACAGGCAAGCCUACGAACUUCAUUUCAUCAACCUACUGCAUACAAAAAAUCAUGGACUAAAUACGAACAUUGGAUUUAUGGCACAUUAUAACCUGCCUAACAUCUGAUACCCCAGGUAACCUCUCUACUGUUAACCAGCUAUAUUCUUAUCACCAGGUCUACAUGCCCCUUCCCCCCACCACCACCACACCUGUUCCUCACCUAUUGACUGCCUCAAUUUGCAUUUUCACUGACUGGCACUCUCACAUGCAUACUGGCCUUGGGCUUCUAUUCUAUUUCAUCCAGGAAAAGCACUCUUCCUCAGCCUGAUGACGGGUGUUUGUAUCCAAAAGCUUGCAAAGAAGAAUUUUUCCAACUAUUUGAGUUGAUCUAAUAAAAGAUAUCAGAUUUACCCAAAUAACCCCCUAUGUAUUUAAAUGCUCAUAGUAUGGAGAACAAGCAGGAUGAACUUACCCUCC